GUGAAUAGGACCGCACGAAACCGAGGAAGCGGAAAAGACUGAAUGGCCAGAAGAUAGCCCGAUCAUUUUCUCCGAUCUGAGCGUGGUCCAGGACUAUGGUACCUAUGGCCGGUUUGAUGCGGAACUUAUCAGACAUUACGCCGCUACAAGCGACUCGCAAUAAUUUGGUCAGCAUUGUAAAGGACGAUACCGCCGGAAAGCACUCAGACUGAAUGACGCUGCGGGAUGGCCCAGAAUGCGCCAGGACGUAACGUGAUUCCAUACUGGUGGCCCCGCCGGGUGACAUAUGAGCUGUGAGCGACAAUGGAAUCCGACAGCCGGCGGCCGACAGACGGCGUGCGGUCGGUCGGUAUGUGGCGGCCGGACGGUGUAGGACGCCGGGCGGGCGGCGGAUGGCGGCGCGGCGCGCGCCGGGCCGCAGGACAAGUGGGACGGGCCGGCGUCGAACCGGGACAUCGACGGUGGCGGGCCGACCAAUUAGGGGCCGGGCCGACCGACGGAGGACGCAGGACGUCCAGCCGGCCGCCACUCGACGCUCCGAUGCGGCGGCGGCAGCACGCCAUGUCGGCGCGGCGCGGCCUGCCGGCGCUGCUGCUGGCGGCCGCCGUCGGUGCCGCGGCGGUCGGUGCAUCGUCCUCUGCCGGCGCCAGCCAGCAGAAACAGGAGCUGCCCCACGCGGCCGCGCACAAACAGAUCGUCUACCGCUACAUCCCCAUCGACAAGUCGUUCCUGAACCUGGACCGCGCGUACGACGACUACUACAGGACCAGUCCGGCUAGCGAGAACGCCAGGAGGGACUACAGUCAGACGGGCCACCGGGGUCGGCUGGACAGCUACGACCGGCUGUACAACAACGACUACCGCACCCGGAACGACUACAGCGACUACGGCUCGGCGACGGGCUCCCGCGGCAGCGCGGAGGUGGACACGUACUCGUCUUACUCGCGGGGGGACAGCCACCACCACGGCGGCGAGGUGGACACCUACUCCUCCUACUCGCGGGGGGACAGCCACCAGCACGGACUGACCAACACCUACAACAGGGACUCGGACGACUACGGCGACUACUACGACUACGACUAUAGUCAUGAGCACACCACCAAACGGCCCAAACGGAGACGUAAGAAGAAAACGAAGACGAGCAAGUCGAUGUCUUCCAGAGUGCUCGACUUCGCCGAGGCCAUGAUACGCAGGAUCUGGUCACGCGACUCGAGUGGUGGCGGCCACGGCCACGGCUACAAAAGCCGCCCCAAGAAGAAGAAGAAGAAGAAGAAGAAGAAGAAGAGGACGAGGUCCAAGUUCAAGUGGCCGCGCUUCGUCACGUUCGACGGCGUGCUGCGUUUCCUGACGUACCUCUUCGCCGUGGCAUCGGUGAUCGGCUACAUUCUGCUAGUCACCCUCAACGCCGUGGCUAGCGACGGCUGGAACGGCUUUUUCAAGCGGCGUAGCCUGGACACGAGUGGCGCCGAUUUGGUGAACGCCGAGGCCCUCCGCCUGCUGCAGCUGCUCGAUACCGCCAUAGAGCGCUACCGGGGCAGGGAGUGCGUCUUCUGCCGACAGGGCUGGGGCGCGCAGACGGACUUCGAGUAGGCGCCACGGCCGACGUCUCAGUCUUCAGCUGGUUCAUCGGCGGUGCGACAAGGGCAUCAUCUGCAGACUCCGGUUCGCACCUUCCUCAGGGCGGGGUCACGCUGAAGCCAGCCAGUCCAACGGACACCGCACUCUCAACGGCCGGGGAGUCCGCCGAGUUGUGUACGCAAGGAAAGUGGCUCAGAAUCCGCCAGGUCCAAAACCUUCUCAGGGUUACAACCGGAACGCAGUGGUCAGUGACGGCUGCUGCAGCCACAGCAGUUCGAAAAUGUUGAACCGUUCAGCGGCAUUCUGACUGUGGGCCAGCCGCCGACUUAUGGGCGAUUGUGGGCCUGUUUGUACUUUUUUAUUCGUACACCAGUGUUGUAUUGCCUCAGGUCGAGGUCCAGUACCGGCAUAUUGCCACUCCGUCCCUCCCGUGUGUAGAAUGUUGAUUGUUUGUUUAGUUACAUUCAUUGUUAUUCCUUAGCCGAUCGGGUGAUUCACCGCGUAUACCAUAGUCGUCUCAUGUCAUACCCUAUUAGAAAAUGGCUCAAAUGUGAUUAUACCAGGUUGCCAGGUAAUUUGGCCGAAAGAAGCGCUUUUGCAUGACAGAAUACGGCCAUUAUCGUAGACCCUUGUUAGCAUAAAAAACGUUAUGAUGCUGCAUAAGACAUUAUAUUAUUGCUGAAUAAUGAAUACAUGAUUUUAAUACAAA